CAAAUCCCUUUCAAUCUCACAAGCAUUCAUAGCAAUUUCUGCAAUCUAUACAUACAAUUUGAGCUUUCAAUCGUUCCAAUGGCACGUACCAAGCAGACAGCUCGCAAGUCGACCGGAGGAAAGGCUCCCCGGAAGCAGCUGGCCACCAAGGCCGCAAGGAAAUCUGCUCCGGCCACCGGCGGAGUGAAGAAGCCCCACCGUUUCCGUCCAGGGACGGUGGCUCUGAGGGAGAUCCGGAAGUAUCAGAAGUCCACCGAGCUCCUGAUCCGAAAGCUGCCGUUCCAGAGACUCGUUAGAGAGAUUGCGCAGGAUUUCAAAACCGAUCUUAGGUUCCAGAGCAGCGCCGUCGCGGCACUCCAGGAGGCGGCGGAGGCCUACCUCGUCGGACUCUUCGAGGACACCAACCUUUGCGCUAUUCACGCCAAGAGAGUCACCAUUAUGCCUAAGGAUAUUCAGCUCGCUAGGAGGAUUCGUGGCGAGAGGGCUUAGGUUGAAGUUUGAUAAUCUGGUUGAUUUCAGUUUCUGUUGCGUAGUAGUCUGUUCUGUUUUGUGUUUGCUUACUGUGCUGCUUUUCCUGGUAUGUGGUGUUAGAAUGGUGUAAAUUCUAGGGUUCCUGCAGCAUUGUUGAAAGAUAUGUAGACGUGUAGUCACUGUGCUAGUGAAAAUUUAGGUUAUCCUGGUUAAUGAAAUUUAUCAAGUUUUCUGCCA